GUAUUUAUACCGAUCUUCGUUUUGCAUGGCUUUUCUGUGUCUCUAUGCUUUCUCGGUUUUAUACUUCUCACUGAAAGGAACUGACGGUGGGCAUUUUCAGUGUGAACCACUGAGGGAUCAAACGUGCUUCGGAUCACGUUUAGAUUACAACUUCACAACGUUAGAUUUAGUGACAGAUUCUGAUACUCAGCUGGACGUUGAGGAAAAUUUAAAGAAAUGGGAAGGAUUGAAAUUCUUAUCCAAGUGCUGGUCGGUUCUUCAGCCACUUCUGUGUCAAGUUUACAAGCCGCAAUGCUUCAAUGAUAACGUCACAUUGCCCUGUAGGGAACAGUGUCUUGCUACUCGGAAGCCGUGUUCUGUAGUCGAACGCUACAAAGAACAAUGGCCAGAUUUUUUACAGUGUGAACGUUUCCCUGUUGGAAACUGCAAGGGCGGUUCGGUAAGUUGAAUAGUAUGAUAGUACAGUAAAACAUAACUUUUCCGAUAUCCAGCCCAUGUUCGUAUUAAAAAAAAUGCGGUUGAUAUUUUAGUUGAUUGUCUAACACGCACAGACGACAGAUGUCAUGUAUAUAAAAUUGUUUUACAAUUUCAUGUAACCCAGUCAGCAUAGGGGGGCAUUAUGAUACGUGUCCCGUUUUGGAAUUUGCCCCCGACGAGCCUCUUCCCUGAAUUGUUACAACAUUCUGGAUUAAAAAGAAAAUGUGUCAUCUAAAAACAACUGAAUCGACUUUCAAUAAGAGUACACAUGAUGGAUUGUUAGUGAUAGCAGGCUUAAGGCUAGUACUAAUCUGGGCUUCACCUAAAAAAUCAUCUGCCAUUAACGAUAGCGAGGUAACAGAAUCAAGGAGGGAAGACGAAAUAAAGUGUUUACUAUCAACAGUUCAGUGCAUACGAGCAUUCAUCUGAGUACUUUCAACGUCCUCUCAAGGACUUAACUGAGCUGACCCAUAUUGCAACGGGGAAAUUUGUACCUUAUUAGCUUUAUAGCUGAUUAUUCAAAAUCGAUAUACCACUUUAGAUAAAUGUUGUUCACCUGAACUUAAUAUACCUAAGAGUAUCAAUGUGAAGAACACUAACACUGAGAUCUUGAAAGUUCUAGAAUAUAUUACAAACUGAUAUCUUGUAAUUUAAAUGAAGAACUAAUGGAAUCUGACUGACACUGUUGGUGGUCUGACCAAAUGUCUCUAUGUCUUGUGUCCAAGGUCAAUUGCUCUUUCAAUGGCCUGAGAAAACACAUUGCAAAUUCUAUUAAGAAAACACAAAGAUAUUACUCCAGGGUGAGAAGAUAUAUGAAUUUUGUGUUUAAGUGGGAAAGACAAUAUCUCAUAAGAGAGAGCGCAGCAAAUGAGAGAGAUAUUAUUCAUGCCAGGGGAUAAUAAAAUUCAUAUUUUUAAGCUAACAUGUAAUUUUCUUUUUGUUGCUUGGUAAAGAUUGAAAAGCUGCCUUUAAUACAAAUACUGGGUAUUAAUAGAAACAAAUACCAGUGCUGAAAUUAAAAAAGCUUUACAUAUAACACUGUAGUUUAGGCCAAAAUACAUGUGAACUGGUUUUAUAGGCUUAGUGAAAAUUUGGUUCUGACUCUGAUGUUCUGACUCUGACUCUGACUAAAGCAUUCCCUUAUCCUGGUUCUUAGGGUAUCAGGUAAGUGGCAGCAGGAGAUGUGCUGGAGCUCAGUACAAACUUCUGUGCGGCCCACCAUUACUCUACAAAAGAUAGCCUGUUCCUGACUCCCAGUCGGUGGAGAUAGGGAAGGAUCUGGUAAAGGGGUAAUUGGUGAUUGUAGUUGUCUUUUCGUUACCCAACCCCUUGCAUUCAUUCUGAGUCUGCCUUUUAGCACAUUUACAUGAAGCAAGAACCACUCAAAGGCCAAGUAAAGGAGUCUGCCCCAUUGGAAGUAUCCAAUGAACCUAAACUCCAAAAUUGAAUCAAGAUUAUAAAUGAUAUAAAAAAGAUAAAGAGAUACUUAAAUUGCAGUUAACAUUGUUCAUUAUUUAUAUCUAUCAGGUAACUGAACUUCAGCUAAAUGAGUCAGCUUGCAAGAGGCCCUUAGUGGCAACAAAGCACGAGUCCAGUUGGUAUGAGGGAAUUGAGGGGUGUGGUAUCCAGUGUGAAAACCCUAUAUUUACCACUGAAGAGCACACAAGAAUUCACAGAUUUGUGGGAGCAUUUGGAAGUUUGUCAUUUACAUGCAGCCUUUUCACAAUGGUACCUUAGUUCUUCUCUAUUUUCUUGAAUUUUGUUCUGUUAAAUUCAUGCAAGUUUAUCUUUUAAUUACAACUGUACAUCAAUCUCCCCUAUUCCACAGAUUACAUUUCUUAUUGGCUGGAAGUCACAGAAUCGAUAUCCAUCAGUUAUUCUCUUUUAUAUGAACACUUGCUUCUGUGCAGCAUCUAUGGGUUUUCUCAUCCAAUUUGCUGAUGGGGCCAGAAACCGCACAGUAUGUCGGGAGGAUGAUACUAUGAGGCUUCAGGAACCAGGGUAACUCUUUACAUUGUGAUAAGGUGGUAAGAUUUCUUAACUGAGUCGGAGAUCAGACAAAGGGUGAAGUCUGUGGUUGAGCUUAAUGGGCCCAUCCAGCUGGAGUUUAUCCCACUUUCUUUUGCUUGGAAUAAUAAGGAGUAUCGCUAUGUCCUUAGGAUGGGAUGCUUGUCCAUUAUAUAGGAGGGCCAUGCGGGGAAAUAUUAAGGUCUAGGUCAUGACAUAAUGCAGCAAGAUUCACACUGAUAUUAUUGGACAGUAAGAUCUUUGAUUGACUCCAAGUACCCUAUCAUUGUUCAGAACCUUGUAUAAGUUCUCUAAAAAUUGAAAACAUCACAGUAAUGUUUUAAAAUUGCUUCCACAAACAAUACCUGGUUUUUUUUUUUUUUUUUAAUCUUUUUUUUCAGUGAGAAUGACUGUUUCCUGUGCAUUCUAACCUUUGUUCUUGUGUACUACUUUUCAUUGGUGGGAGCCCUGUGGUUUGUCAUCUUGGCAUUUUCCUGGUCCAUCUGUUUUAAGUCUCUGGGAAGCACCAGAGAUAACUUUGCUGGGAAAGUGGUUUAUUUUCAUGCAAUAGCUUGGUUAAUUCCUCUUACUUUGGCAAUCGGUACUCUUGCUAUGAAACAGGUAACAAUUUGGCAGACAAAAUGUUAGAAAUGACAUUGCUGAUAAGGCUUGGUUGAAAAAAAUGUCUAAAUAAUUGAUUUGAAAAAUAAAGAAAUGACAGUCAAGCAUCCUAGUCUCUCAACCCUCGAUUCACAGACUGGGAGUGGAGCAAAAUCUCAUCAAAAUUUUAAAAUUGCAGUUAAAACCAACAAUGUUACUGUGAGGCUGUAACAAAUAAAUCACUUCAACUUAAAAGUUCAUUUUUCAAGUCUGAUACUGUAAGAACUCAUAUGAUUUAUGAAUCUUAAAAUGGAAUUUUGAAAUUGGGUAGGAAUCAGAGCGAUAUCACAUACUGGCCAAGUGUUCUUUUUUUUUCAUGACAAUACAUUUUCUGAACAAAUUUUUUAAGCAGAUGUCUGGUUACUUUUGAUAGCAAGUAAUUUCUUGUUGCAUUGAAAUUAAAGGUUGAUGCAAACUCUUUGAGUGGAAUCUGUUUUGUUGGUUACAAGAAUCCCAAUAUGAGAGCCAUCUUCCUAUUGGUGCCAUUAGGUCUUGAUCUGCUUAUAGGAGGGAGCUUUUUAACACAAGGUUGGUCAUCAACUCACUGAAUCAAAGUAUGUGAUAUUUUGAUACCAAGCAUGGCCUACUUGUCUAAGUUCUCUUUGUAUUUACUAUUAUUAUGGUCACAUAUCUUGUAACUUUUGUACCAUACAUCCACUGUGUUCUACUUCUUAGCUCCCAUAACUGUAUUUAUACUAAUUUCAUUUCUUGAUCUUAGGUCUUGCAACUCUGUGUAAGCUUCGCAGGGCAAAUCCUAAUUUUCUGAGCCACAGAGCUGCUCAUAAAAUCAAAGAAACUAUCAUGAGAGUUGGUGAGUGAAGGGUAAUCUUAUCACAUAGGCACUUUCUCUGAAAAUAUUCCAAUUCAAACAAAAGAACUACCAACAAUAACCAAAACCUUUGUAAUAUGAAUUAAAAAAACUAUAUCAAGAACUUUCAGAUCAUCAAUAUCGGAGCAACUGCACACCUACUCCUCUCCUAGCCCAACAUUAACCCUAACUUGUUAUUAGAUAAUUGUUGUUGGGUUAGGGAAGGGGCAGGUGCACAGUUUCUCAGACAUUGACAUUGACAUUGAUCUAAACUUCCAACUCAAAAUGUAACUUGGUUAAUGAGGGUAGCAAAGAGGGGAAGGGGGGGAAAGGAGAUCCUAAUCAGGUAUCUCUUGUGUAACCCUUUGCUACCCUACCCUUGUUGGUCUUUCCUUUGAUUAGGAUUCUUUGAUUCCUGCUGAUUUAAGUGACCCUGAGCUUAAGCCAUGUUAUAUUGAUAAAAAUUAUGUUAUGGUAAAACUCCACAGGUGUAUUUUCUUUUAUUUCAUUUUUGACGGUAUUUACAACCUUUGCCUGCCAUGUGUAUGAAUAUCACAACCAAAAAAUUUGGGAGGAGAGCUACAGAGAUUUUGUAAGGUAAGUAUUAGUACCUAGUUCUACUGAUUUUUAGGGAGGUGAUUUUAAACUUUGAUAAAUGUUUCUGUUCUGUAGAAAGUUAAUUGGUGCUCUGGUAAUCAACUAUGUGUUUUCAAGAACUGUCACAGUAUCUUUUUUCGGUUAUUUUGUUUUAAUUUGUUAACUUUCAUUCUCCCUCUUUUUUUUCUUCUCAUUUUUACUAAAUUUUGUAAUAAAACCAAGUACAAUAAAAGUCAGACUGAUUUGGCAAAUUAAAAAAUAUAUUAAAAAAAUAUCCAGAAACAGUCAUUGUACAUCUAACCACAUAAGGUGAUAUUUCACAUUAGUUGGGUUUAUGUCCCUGAAGCAUGGCAAAUGUGGCUCAUAGUUCUACUCUUGAAAUAUGUUGCAAGAGUAUUGAAUGACAUUUCACUUCUUAAAACUUCCAAUUCUGCCUUAAAAAGCUCAAGUGCAUCAAGUAAAUUUCUGUAAUUAUUUUCAAUAAAUUUAUAAGGAAGUAAUGCUUUUUUUGAAAAAUGAAUAAAUCAACCCUUUAAAUCCCAUGAGUGACCAAGACAUAAUCUCUCCUUACAAUAUCAACACAAUAUCAACCAGAUAAGGGAUGAGGAUAAAGAAAAAAUAUCAAUUUGGGGAUAAUUAGGUGAUCCAAAGCUAAAUUCUCUGAACUAACAUUAUAAUUGUAUGGUUGACAGUAAGGAGAAUUAUGAAUUUGAUCUGGGAGUUAAAGGGUUGAGGAAAAAAAAACUGCCUUUAUGUGAUACUUAGACACAACUGAAUGGUCACCUAAACUAAAAAUUUAUGAUAUCAGACUAGUUGAAUAUGAUGAAGGUAACCAUAUUUGCAAACUAUUUUAUUUCUUCCAAGAUGCAUUGCAGAGAAGGUUGCACGUGGGCAAACAUGGAAAGCAACAUGUUCUGUGGGUACACGUCCUGAUCUCAGCAUCAUUGAACUGGAAUUAGCCUCCCUCUUUGGCACAGGAAUUGCCAUGAGUAGUUGGACUUGGACAUCGAAUACAUUACAGACCUGGCAGAAAUUGUGGCGCAGGUAAUAUAGAGUGUUUGCUGCACAUCAGGGAUGGGAGAAUUCUCCAAUUAUUGCACUCAAUUCAAAUCUCGCACUGAAUUAUAAUGAAUUGAGUAGCCAGUAUAUAGCUGUGGUUUUUUUGUGCUUUUUCUGAUUACACUUACAUGUUCAUUUGGUAACAGUUAAAUUGCACCAACAACUGAUUUGUUUUACCCAACUCUUUCAGAAUAACACGGAAAAAUAGGCAUCCAGAAUUAAGUCACUACAAAAUAAUUAGAAGGAUGAAAAAGAACAGAGUAGCGUAAGUACAGACUAAAUUGUUAGUAUUUCUUGUUCCAGAUUGAAAGACCAAAAUGUGAUAAAAAAAAUUAACCAUUUAUAAGAUUCAUUCACAUGAAGGUAAAUACACUAAAACAUGAAUGUUGGCCAGGACCCCCACCCCCGUAGGAAGGAGAUGCCUAUGGCAUUACAAUCAAAGGCAAAAUCUCACUCUUCGCUUGCAAACUGACUUGAGAGCUCUGUUACAUUUUAUAAAAGGAGUCAUUGAUUGGUACACAGUCCUAAACACAGAACAUUUCUGAAGCUAGUCUGUUUGGCUCAAAUUUGAUUCAAUGUUUUCUUUGUUUUGUUUUUUUCUCUUUAGUCCAGCUGUAUUGUACCCUGCCAUACCAGAGGUACAAAUGGAUGCUAUUAUGAAGAUGAGUGAAGCAAUUCAAGGACAGGGUUCAGCUGUGAAAGCUCCAGCUCCUAAACAAGAUAAUGAAGAGCCACUUAAACUGAAGAGUAUCUCUGAAUUGACUCCUCAAGAAAAUCCUAGUUGAUAACAAAUUUACACUCAACAAUAGAAUACAGCAGACCAAGUUUUGACAUUACUGUGUAAAUAAAUACAGAAAAUAGAUAUAUAUUUACUAUUUAAGUUAUGAAAUCAAACAAUUCAUAACAUAUUUUAUAUUUUUUCAUAUAACAUGCAUGCUGAAUAUCCAAGUAGGUGUACAGGAUAUACUUUAAAAAUGUUCUCUUAAAGCGGCUGAAUUAAUUUAUUACUUUAAUAUGGUUUCAUAACAGACUCUAGAAAAAAAAUGGCAAGUCUGGGGUGAUCACUGUAUUUUGCAAUGAAGUUUUCCCUUGUCAGGGGAUGGCAAUAGUGUAACAGUUAAUAGGCUAUUCUACAGUUGUGUACUUAGUUGCCAAGCCUUUGAUUUGGAGUGUGGCUGAAGGUGACCUUGCUGUGGUAGAGACCAGUAUCUGGAUAGCAUGAUAACAAAGUAAUUUACAUUUGAAAAGCAGCAAGUUUUGUAUCCUAACAACCCCCCCCCC